AUGAGCGCAUUGAUACUGCGUCACAUAGCGACCGCCCUCACACAACAGCAAAGCCGUGGCGUGGCCAGGCAAGCUGACGGCGAUGGGAGCGAGGGUGUUGCACAUGGCGGUGGUGACGUGGGCGACGCCAACAAUGCCAGCAGCAGCGGUGGCACAGGCGCCGAUAAGGACCGGCAGCAACAGCACCCCACCCUCCUCCUUGCCCGCGACGCCUUGAUGGCAGACGCGGUGGCCCCCGCAGCGCCAGGGCCCGAUACAGGGGCCGGGUUGGACGGGGGGCCGCGCCGCGCCGCCUCUGUUGCGGCCCACGGCGACAGCCGCGGCAGCAACGACACCCCGGAGGGCGGCGCGCCCGCUUCGGGCGCCAGCUGGCCCCUGCUGUCUUGGAGCCGCUGCCGCGUAGCGGCCGCGCAGAUAGGGCGG